AUGGUUGUGUUCACCUGUGACCGUUGCAACGAACCGCUAAAGAAGCCGAAAGUCAAGUUUCACAGCUGCCGGAGCACUACUUUCACUUGUGUUGACUGCUUCGUAACCUUCGACUGGAACACCUACGAUGCGCAUAACAAAUGCAUCACCGAAGGACAGAGGUAUGGAGGAGCUGGAUUUGUUCAAGAGUCAUAUAAAGUAAGACUUUAUAUGAAAUAUUAUUCUCGGUGUUUAGGGAGAGAAGAAGCAAGAGAAAUGGUCUCAGCAAGUCUCGGAAGCCAUCAACUUUACCAACGGAAUGGUAAAGAACUUUUUGAUCAAGAUGAGUGGCAUGGAAAAUGUUCCCAGAAAGAGGAAACCCUUCAUUAAUUUCUGCAAAAACGCGCUCAGAGUCCAAAGUGAUUCUGUCGCGGAGCAAAUCUGGGAUCAGUUGCAGGUAUGACUCGGUGAAUUUAGAAGGUUUUUUGAGAAAUUUUUUGUUUGAAACUAAAAUUAUAUUUUUAGGCAGCUGUACGAAGAAUGGAAGAGAAAGACAAGGAAGAGCAGGGGAAGAAUGAGAAAAAUGGAGAAGUAAAAGGAGAAAAUGGAGAGAAGAAUGGAGAAAAUAAUGGGAAUAAUGAAAAAAAGGAGGAAGAAAUUGAAGAAGAACAAAAUGUAGAAGUGAAGGGGAAGGAAACGAGAGAAAAUGAAGAAGAAAGUAAAGUUGAAGGUGAAGAAGAACCUAAGCGCAAGAAGAAAAAGAGAAGAAAUCAGGAGGAAGUUGAAGAAGAGACAGUGGAAGAAGUGAAAGAAAAGAAAAAGAAGAAAAAAAGAGACGUGGAAGAAGAUGGAGAUGCCCCAGAAAUUGUUCAAGAAGAACCGCAAGAAGAAGUGAAGGAAAAGAAGAAGAAAAAGAAGCGGAAACAACAAGAAGAAGAGGUUGAAGAGCGAGUAGAAGUAGAAGUGUCCGAGAAAAAGAAGAAAAAGAAAAGGAAACAUCAAGAAGAGGAAAACGUGAAAGAAGAAGUUGAAGAAAUAGUGGAGAAGAAGAAGAAAAAGAAACGAAAACAGCAAGACGAAGAGGAUAUGAUUGAAGAAGUAGAAGAAGAAGUGGUCGAAAAGAAGAAAAAGAAGAAGAAAAGACAGCAAGAAGAGAAUCAGAAUGGUGACCAAGGGCAGAUUGUAGAGACAACGUUAGUUUAUUUGAGAAAUUAGAAGAUUGACACUAAUUUAGGGAUUGAAAAGUAGCCUAAUAAAAUUUUUAGCCUAAAUUUAUAUUGUUUUUUUAAUUCCCAGAAUUUUUGGUUGAUUUUUCAGAUUUUAAGAAGGCUUUGCAAAAUUUUUUUGAGCAAUUCUCGACUUGGCACUGCACAAUAAAAAUAAAUUUUGUAUAAAGUUUUUUUUUUCAGAACGUACAACGCUUUCCACUACGAUUACUCUCAAAACGAACAAAAUUCUGAAGAAAAGCCUCGAGAAAAGGACCUGGUCAAAGGAUGGUCCACUCGAAUUGCCGCCAUUACCAACUCGGACUCCAAAAGAAACAAAUUCGAGAAACUUUUGGGAAUGCACAAGAAUGGGGAGCACAGAGUAGAGGUGGACAAAGAAGAAGUGAAACGAUUGAAGGAUGAUUAUAAAGAGAUGAAGCACAAUAUGGGGAAACAAUUCGAUCGAGGUCAGAAAUUCACCCACAAGACCAAAGGCAAAGGACUCUAG